AUGGAAGAAUUAAAGGAUUUCGAAUAUGCAAAAAACCAGGAUGGUUUCAGCUUCAGAGAAUUAAUAAUGCAAAAACUUACAGCUGCCCGUGAACUUAAGUUAAAACAAACAAGAAGCUCAUCUACAACACCAGACCCAAAGCAAGCUCCUAACUUAAGACAAGCUCCUCAAGCAUGAGAAGUAGAAAAACAGUUGCUUAUAAAUAUGUUUGAAAAAGCUCAACAACUUGCAAGUCAAACUCAACAAGCCUUUAUACAAGAACGCCAAAACAUGGAAUCACAAAUUGAGUCUUUAAAUUCUAUACUUAUUGAUACUCAAGGUAAAAAUAAAACAUUAGAACAGCAGAUUGAAGUCUUUAAAAAAGUUGUUAAAGGGGAAGGAGAAAUGAAAUUAAUUGAAGAGCUGCAAAAAUUGGAAAAAUUAAGUGACGAAAGGGAAGCAAAAUAUCAGCAAGAAAUUGAGUUGCUAAAAGCGGAAUUGACUGAAGUGAGAGGUAAAUUAAAUGCGAGUGAAAAUGGGGUAAAAAGAAAAGGAAGUAUUAAAGAUGUGAAGAAAAAUAAUGAUUAUGAAAAUUUGAUGAAAAAUACACAAAACGCUUUGAAAGAAAAAAAUAUGGAAAUUGAGAAAUUGAAAGAAGAGCUAGAACGGGCUAAUAAAAAAACGAAUGGAAGACAAGGAGGGUUAAAAACUGAAAAUGGGAUAUUUGAGCAAAGUUUUGAAAAUAUUCUCAAAUCUGCAAGAGAAAGAGAAUCUUCACUUGUUAAAGAAAGUGAAAAAAUAAAAUUAUUGAAUUCCCAGCUAAAUCAAUUACUUGAAAGCAAAGAAAUUGAAAAUAAAACACAGGUAGAUAUAAUGAAUAAAAGAAUUUCUGAUUUACAGUCAACUUUAUCAACCCAAGAAUCUAAAUUGAUUUCUGAAAAAGAAAGUUUAAUAAAAGAGAAAUCUCUUUUAGUCGAACAAAAUCAUAAACAAGAACAAAAUUUUAAUUUAUUAAAUGCAAAGCAUGCCAAAGAAAUUGCGGCUCUGCAAGAAAAUAUUCGUGAAAAAGAAAAAAAUAUCGCCCAGCUUAAAGAAGCUAAUGCAAGCUCAAGUGCAAAUAAGCAUGAAGCUGAAAAAGAAGAGCUUAAACAGAUGAUAAAUGAAAUGUUGGCAGAAAUUUCAAAUUUAUUAAAAUCUGAAAAUCCUACUGCAGUUGAGUUAGAAGAAUGCAAAAAAAAAUUAAAUGAGCUUGAAGCAAAUAAUUCACAAAUAGAAAACUCUAAUUUAAGGGUGCAGCUCCAAAAGGCAAUGGAAGAAAAAAAUUAUGCGAAAAAGCUAAUUAUUUCUUAUAUUAGGUCAAUCCAGCAGCUUGAACAUUUAAUUUCGGAAAAAUCCACAAUGAAUAUUGAUGACCACGUAGCAACUUUGCAAUUAGAAAGCUCAAGGCUUCAUGAAGAAAAUCUAAGCUUAGUGGAUGCCAUACAUCAAAAAGAGAAAAAUUAUGAAUUAGAAAUCAGCCGUCUUCAAGCUUUAAUACAGAACCAAAAUGCUGAGAUAAAAGAAGCACAAAUAAAAUUAAAAACAAAAGAGUCAGUACAGCAGAUAUCGCAAAUAGAGAUGAAAAAUAAAGUGAUUGUAGACAUGCAAAACCAAAUGAUAAUGUUUUUAGAGUCGCUUAAUGCUCCGAAAGCAAAAGAAAGCUUGCCUGUAAAAAAUAAGAAGUUAGGAAAAAUAUUUAAAAAAUAA